GACAGAGAACCACGAUGGAGGGGAAUAAAGGGAUUUACAUUUUUGGUUUUCUUACACUUUUGCUUCAAUUCACUGCAAGAGCAGAUAGAAGAAAAGAUCUGCACGUCACAGUCAGAGAUGGAGAUGACGCCACUUUGACUUGUGAAAACGUUCUUAAACAUCAGCCUAACUGUAGCAGUACUACAUGGACAGACAGCCUUAAAAAUCCAGCAGAAGAGCUGGUUACACACGGGCAGAUCAAGAGGCCUGGAUCUAAGUCAGACAGACUGGCUGUUAGAGAGGACUGCUCUCUGUUUAUAGAGAGGGUCACAUAUGAGGACGUUGGUCGUUACAGCUGUCAGCAGUACACAUCAGGAGAGAAACAGGGUGAUGACGCUCAUGUUUACCUGUCUGUUCUGACCAUGACUGAAAUUAGCAACAAUCCAAAGAGAUUACGCUGCCAUGUAAAAUCAAGUCUCUGCAUACACACGGUGAAGUGGCUUUAUGAGGGCAGAGAUGUGGAUAAGAGCUCAUCACAGACUCGCUGCUACACUGAUUUAAACCUUCAGCCUCGUUAUAACAUCGACUCACUGCAGUGUGAAGUGACUGCUGAUGGCAACACUCAGCUGUUCCCCUUCAGACCUCCGUCUUCAGGGGACAAACCAGACAAUGGCAAUGGAAGCAAAAAAUCAACAACAACGAAAAGACCAUCUACAAAACCUACGGGGAAAGACACGACACCAGGGACAACAACAACACCAGCAUCUGGAAAUGAGAAAUCUUCAUCAACAGGACAUGCUCUUCCACUUUGGCUGUGGUUGGUCAUCAUCCUGGCUGGUGUGGCUUUAACCACACUUCUCAUUGUUGUUGUGAAAACCAUCAGAUGGAAAAGAACUGAAGGGAACAGAGCAGAGAUGACCGACAAUGCUGCUGAUCCUGAAGAUGGUAUCACCUAUGCCUCCAUCAGCUACACCAGGAAGAAGAAAAAUAAAAAUGAGGCUCAGGGUAAAGAUGAUGAUGAUGAUGGAACAGUGACGUACGCCACCGUAAAAACAACUCCUUCUUCUUCUGCUGGUGUUUGAGCGUCAGCUGGUCCCAGCACCGUCUACACCACUGUUAACAGAUCACAGAGCUAAGAUAUGAAGUAAAGCUACGUCUCACAUAUUUUAU